AUGAUCUGCAGAUGCUUUUGUUGCAUCUCCAAAGAAGAGCAAUCGGAGAUCAGUGUAAGCAAUAAUAUUAGGGAUUAUCCAUGGGAAAUGUACUCUCUCAACGAGCUUCUUCAUGCAACAAAAAACUUCCAUCAGGAUAAUAAGAUUGGCGAAGGCGGGUUCGGAAGUGUUUAUUGGGGUCGAACAAGUAAAGGCGUUGAGGUAGCUGUAAAACGAUUAAAAACAAUAAGUGCAAAGACAGAGAUGGAGUUUUCUGUGGAAGUUGAAAUUCUUGGACGGGUGAGGCAUAAGAAUCUCUUGAGUUUGAGGGGGUUUUAUGCUGGUGGGGAUGAGAGGCUGAUUGUCUAUGAUUACAUGCUUAAUCAUAGCUUGGUCACCCAUCUGCAUGGUCACCUCGCUGAAGAUUGCCUGCUAGAUUGGCCUCGGAGGAUGAGCAUAGCCAUUGGAUCAGCAGAAGGUUUAGCGUACUUGCACCAUGAGUCCAGUCCUCAUAUAAUUCACCGAGACAUAAAGGCAAGUAAUGUCCUCUUAGACGCUGAAUUUGAAGCAAAAGUUGCUGAUUUUGGUUUUGCAAAGCUAAUACCGGAUGGUGUUACUCAUCUGACUACUAGAGUGAAGGGAACUCUAGGAUAUCUAGCUCCUGAAUAUGCCAUGUGGGGGAAGGUUUCCGAGAGGUGUGAUGUCUAUAGCUUUGGCAUUUUAUUGUUAGAGAUUAUCAGUGCGAAAAAGCCAUUAGAAAAACUCCCAGGUGGUGUCAAGCGUGAUAUUGUGCAAUGGGUGACGCCAUAUGUCCAAAAGGGUGCUCUAAAUCAUAUUGCUGACCCAAGGAUGAAGGGCAAGUUCGAUAGAGAACAACUAAACUCGGCUGUCAUGAUUGCAUUGAGAUGCACAGAUAGCAGCCCAGAAAACAGGCCUGGCAUGAUACAAGUGGUGGAGUUGCUCAAGGGUGUUGUUGGGAGGAGUAAGAAAGAGGCAUAUUAUGAGGAUGACAUGGCUGACGAAGACGAUAAUAUUGAAGAAAAGAACAAGACUGAUACCUAUAUUUAUGAAGACUUUGGAGUGGAACCAUCUGAUGAUGUGGGAACCACAUGGGUCAAGCCGAAAAUUAAAUGA